AUGUCCACCACCAACGGCUCUCUCCACAGCUCCAGAGGCAGUGCCAACCGCCACCCUACCGCUUUGGAGAUCAUCCAGAGCAAUGGCUUAGAAGGAAAACUCCAGGACAAAGUCAUCCUCAUCACAGGCUGCUCGUCCGGCAUCGGCAUCGACACAGCCCGUGCUCUGUCUGUCACCGGGGCUACCCUCUAUCUCACCGCACGUGACUUGAACAAGGCCGAGACAGCGUUAGGGGAUCUUGUCAAGAAACCAAACGUCCACCUCCUAACCCUUAGCCUCGACUCGCUGACCAGUGUGCGCGCCUGUGCGGAGGACUUCCUCUCUAAGAGCUCCCAAUUGAACAUCUUGAUCAACAAUGCAGGGGUCAUGGCGACACCGGAGGGUCGGACGCAAGAUGGAUUCGAAACUCAAUUUGGUACCAACCACUUAGGCCAUUUUACGCUUUUCUACCUGUUGAAGCCUACCCUGCUGGCUUCCUCAACCCCAGAGUUCAAUUCGCGUGUUGUCAAUGUGUCUUCCAUGGCACAUCGUUAUGGUGAACCUGUCUUGGAUAAUAUUAAUCUGGAGGGAAUCUAUGAGCCGUGGAUGGCAUACGGUCAGAGCAAGACGGCGAACAUCUGGACGGCCAGUGAGAUCGAGAGACGAUAUGGGUCUCAGGGCCUUCAUGGUUUUAGUGUUCACCCCGGUGGCAUCAAGUCUGGGUUGCAGCAAUACGUCCCCAAGGAACAGCAGGAUGCAUGGGAUAACGAUGAUGCGAUUGCUAGUGUGUGGAAAACUUCAGAGCACGGGGCUGCUACCACCGUUUGGGCUGCGGUAGCAAAGGAGUUAGAAGGAAAGGGCGGGAAAUAUCUUGAGGAUUGUCAGAUUGCAGAAAAAUAUGAUCGGAAUACUGGAACUGUUGGAAAGGGAUACGCGUCUUGGGUGUAUGAUGAGGCAAAACAGGCGCAGUUGUGGGAAAUGUCAUUGAAUCUGGCAGGGUUACAUGCCGAAAUCUGA